AUGAACAACAACUUCCCCCAAGGCCAGAACUCACAGAACCCGGGCGGUAUGAACAAUGGGAGAGUGUACCUACCUGCACGAAGCAGGAUGAUGCGCCACCACAACGGGAUGCAAGCUCAGACGCCGAACUAUGUCCAGCCGCAGGCGCAGCAAGGCUUUGUCUAUAUCAGCCCUCAAAUCCCGACUUAUCCACUUGCCGUCAAUCCUUAUGGCGGCCAACAACCAAACCAGGCUGGCCCUCCUCCCGGAACCUACAUGCAGAACAACGUCAUGGGUACCGUCUAUGCGCCGAGCCCCUAUAACAACCCUGUCAGCCUGCCUCAUCCUGCGCCCGCAACUCACAAUGUGAUGAACGUCUGGAACCAUCCGGCCGAGGGAGUCAGCCAACUGGCCAGCGUGAGCCCCCACAGCGUGGCGAACCAACCUCACUACGGACACGCUUUCCCGAACAACGGGAUGGACAGGUACAGCAUGGACAGGUACAGCAGGGACAUGUUCAGCCUGGAAGCGUUCAGCAUGGAAACGUUCAGCAUGGACUGA